AUGAAUGCACUAACACCCGAUCCAUCAGAGACCGAUUCCGACUGCGAGUAUAAGUAUGUCUUUCCACUCCGACACGAAGUUUCCCCUCGUGACUACCUUAAAUUCAUCCUCACCGUGUGGUAUUGCCCUGAAACCAGUGCAGCCAUUGCCGACCUCAUGGCCGAUUCCUAUGGCGAAGCACAGCUCAAAGAGCUUCUAGCUAGUCCAAUGGAAGUUUUGCUUUUCAAAUCCCGAAAGUUCUUUCUUGAACUUAACAUUUGA